AGAACGAUCACACAACCCUGCCUAACAACAUGGUUCUUCAGAGAGCGAUGUUCUGGACUUUAUCACUUCAGAUAGCCCUGCCGUGUUUUGCAUCAUUGUUAACAUCUUUGCUAGAACGAUAUUGCGAGGUCUUAUCAUCCUUGUACAACGUUACAGGUGUUUAUUGCAACUCCACAACCGAUGAAAUUGGAACUUGCUGGCCGAGAACCACAGCGGGGCAGCUUGUGGCGAGACCUUGUCCUGAAUACUUCAAUGGAAUCAAGUACAACACUACAAGAAAUGUGUACAGAGAAUGCACUGGAAAUGGAACUUGGGCAUCUAGAAUCAAUUACUCCCACUGUGAACCCAUCUUGAUGGAACAAAAAACACAAGAAAUCCACUAUAGGAUAGCCCUUAUAAUCAACUACGUGGGUCACUCUGUCUCUACUGGAGUCCUAAUAGUUGCCUUUAUACUCUUCUUAUGCUUAAGGAGUAUUAGAUGCCUUCGGAAUAUCAUUCAUUGGAAUCUGAUAACCACUUUCAUUUUGAGGAAUAUUCUGUGGUUCCUGAUGCAAUUGAUUGAUGCUGAAGUACAUGAGAGGAAUGAGCCCUGGUGCCGUCUUGUCAUAACAAUCUACAACUACUUUGUGGUAACUAAUUUCUUCUGGAUGUUUGUGGAGGGGUGUUAUCUCCAUACAGCUAUAGUGAUGACCUAUUCCACAGACAAAAUGCGCAAAUGGAAAUUUCUGUUCAUUGGAUGGUGUAUCCCUUGUCCCAUCAUUGUAGCCUGGGUCAUAGGCAAACUCUAUUACGAGAAUAAAGAAUGUUGGAUUGGAAUAGCAGCAGGAUAUCAUAUGGACUACAUUGUUCAGGGCCCAGUGGUUCUGGUACUGCUGGUUAAUUUUAUCUUUCUCUUCAACAUUGUGAGGAUCCUGAUGACAAAAUUGAGGGCAUCAACGACAUCUGAGACAAUGCAGUAUAGGAAGGCAGUGAAGGCAAUUUUAGUUCUGCUACCCCUUCUUGGCAUCACCUACAUAUUGUUCUUCAUCAAUCCAAGCAAAGAUGGCAUCUCACAUUUUGCUUUCCUCUACUUCAAUUCAUUUCUGCAGUCCUUUCAGGGUUUCUUUGUGUCAGUGUUUUACUGUUUUCUGAAUGGGGAGGUGCGCACGGCUGCUAGAAAAAGGUGGCAUCGAUGGCAAGACAAUCACACGCUAAGAGUACGAGUUGCACGGGCUAUGUCUAUACCAACGUCACCCACAAGAAUCAGUUUUCAGAGCAUAAAACAAACAGGUGUUUGAAUCUACAAAUACUGAGAAGCCUUCUUUGUGAAUUUUUCAUCAUUUACCUUCAACUCUGAAGUGAUUUGUUUGUUUGUGGAUUGUUGUACACAUUUAAAAUAUGUGAUGGUGAAUAAGAGAAGCUAACGAUCCAUAUCUCACCACCAGUAAUCAAAGCUGGGAAGUGAGAGUGGAGCAGUCUAUAAUUUUCCUUCUAGCAUGCAGCUCAGAAGUGGAUCAGGACAGUGACUGAGGCUGUAUUAAUAGGGCUGCCCACUUGAUGUAUUCCAUGGUCCAGCUCUGACAGGGUUUGUCACAAUCUCAGGCCAAGAAUGACGUUCAUUUCAAAGUUUUAUUCUACCAGGUUUUAUCUUGCAUCACUGAUGCCACAUGCUGGAAUCUGGUUCCCCACUGAAACAUCACCUUGAACAGGCAACUGUGAAUCUGUAAUGUAAGGAGGAAGUGGAGUAAGUCUUCAAGAAAAAUGCCAAAACUUAUUAAUCCAUUGAACAAAAAACACUGAAGGAAUGACUGUUUUCCAAAGCCCAUGCAAUGCUGUCUGCUGGACAAUGCACGCCAGAUGGAAAAAAAAGGACAUCAAAUUUGUCAAAUGAUAUGAGAUGGUAUGGCAUCCACAGUCAUCAAUGAAAUUGUGUUAAGGAAGAGAAGAAGCUGAAAAUGGAGGAGUGAUUUGUUUCCAGGAACCAGAGGAAGCACACAGUUCUGUACAUGAGCACUGUGAGCAGCAACAUCUUGCUCAAAAAAUGUUACUGAAAUAAGACUGUUUCUAUGCUAUUUCAUUAAUAUUAUUUUGUUUAAUGAAUUAGGCCAUGGCUGGUAAAUAUUCAAUUAACCACCUUGAGAUAAUAUUAGGAGUUGUAUUGAUAUUUCCUUCUGUUCAGAGACACGGGCGCUUGGAAAAUCUAACACUGAAAUAGUUUACCAUGUGGAGCCAAUCCAGUGACUGUGUACUUGGUGUUCAGACCUAGCCAGAGUGGUCAGACCUUGAUUACCAGCAGCGAAGGACAACCACAUCAGCGAGGAUACCUAUUUUUGGCAGCUAACUAGAUGCAAAAAGAUACAAGGUCACCUCGUGAUAAAGGCUACUGACUGUACAGCCAUUCGCCAAACAAGGUGACUGUGAUAGAUGAUUUGUUUUACAUUUGAGGUUUAGUGUCAUACCCCUUUAAUGAAUUAAACCCCGUGCAGUUGAGCAAUGUUAAAAAUAGCUUGUUAAAUACAAUGUUAACAACAUUUAUACCAAAUGUGCUAUGAUAUUUAGGCGGUGGUCUCUUACAUUUAUAUUUUCAUGUAUGUUUCUAAGUUUAUGACAGAGUGUAGCGGUAUCUCAGCGUCUUAGGGAAUAAUAUGCACCAUUGCAUCCACGCUUUACAAAUCGAGUAAUCCACAUGGCAAUCAGCAAUUCUUAUUGAAGCUAAUUUAAGCAUCGAAGUGUGACUUUCAAAAAUGCAAGUGCUAACUUGCUGCAUCCUGGCUGAGUUGAGAUCAGAACAACCUUUCUCUUAACUCUCACAGGAUUUCAAGUUUUGUAAUCACAUUCACUUAGCCUGUUCCUCCAGCCUAAGGAUAAAUUAAUCUGAAUUUAGCUGUUCUUCUUUCUUUGAAAUGUAGCUUCCUUUCAGAGCAAAUUAAGAACAUUGGCCUAGAAAUUCAUUAACCUCCUUAAGCACACACUGAAGGGUAAUUAUAUGGUGCACAAAUAACAAAAAAAAACGUUGAUUCAGAGACCAAAGCCAAGAUGUGAGAGAGAGGAAUAAAACUGUGCUGGCAAAACUCAGCAGGUCAGGCAGCAUCUCUGAAAAGAGAAACAGAGUUAAUAGUUCAGGUCAGGACUCUUCAUCUUUACCAUUGUCAUAGAUGCCACCAGGCUUGCCGAGUAAUUCCAGAAUGUCCUGCAUCUGUCACUGUUUGUUUUUCAGUGGUUUAGAGUGGGUUGCAGUCCAGACCUGAGGGAGAUCUUAAAAAGGGGGCCUUCAGGGGGAUUGGGUUAUAAGAAAAUAAGGGCAUGCUGUACCUGAGAACUGACAUAAAAUGCAUGAUGAAUUAGAGGUAGGAGCAAUGCUGGGAUUGUGUAAAUAGAGCUGAGUGAUUUAGAAUCUUUGAUGGGAUGUUUGGGAGUUCAUGGUGCUGAUAGGGAGGCAAGGCAAAGUUGGGUGGGGGUGAGGGGAACAGAUGAGAUGUUCAACCACAGGAACUCAUUGUUGCUGGGUUCUCAGCACUGGGCUUUGACCAGAGGUCUUCUCCGGAUUUGACCUGCUUGCUCUAAAAGGUCUUCUCCAACCAGCUGAGGACUACAGUCUGAAAAUUUCAUUAUUUCAAUGGCAUAUACACCUCAAGCUAAUGCCCUUCCCUUGGACAAUAUUGGUAGCAUGGAGAGGGGAGACUUGCAGCUUGGGAAACUGCCGGUCUUCCAUAAAAAAGAAACCUUGCCCAGGCUUACUUUCCAAGGUGCAAAUCCAUGGUCUAUCGAGUCUAAUGGAGGCCUACACGACACAUUACACCUCAAAACAACCUGAUGUCACUCUGUGUGUAACGGAUGGAGAUUGUUUCAGACCCACAAGGUGACUUGUGGCCUGGAAUGAACAAGCAAAUUCACAGUGUGACACAAUACAACCAUUCACAUUCCACUGUCAAAGUGAAUGACUUUUAAACACAUGGCAUUGAAAAUAAAGCCAAAUUUCUGGGCCACCAUUUCAUUCCAUAUGUCUAUGGUAUAUCUGACCAGAGAGUGAAUGAUUGAUCAUCCAUUAAGUAGGAAAUGGUUUAAUUCCCUAACAUCAAGUCAUAAAAGCACAAAGGUAUAUGCUCUGAAAUGCUGAUAUAUUGUCACUAACUAGGCUAUCAGGUGGAUCAACAUUGUUUUUCUGAUCAGUGCCUUCAUUCAGCCACAUGCAAUUAAUGUUUUAUGGAUCGUACCUCAGUAAGUUAAUCUUCUGAAGACAAUUUAUGUAUUAAUUCCUUAUCCGUCAAGAAAACCAAAAUCAAUUUCACAAUGUUCACUUCCAACUCUCCCAUCCCACUACCCCAAUCUGCCUCUCAAAUCUUCUUCAUGCAAAUCACACAUAUUGCAUUUUAGUCCUGGCCAAGUAACACAGUGCUCAUUGUGUCUCACAGAGCAUCUCAUCACUACCAUCUGUACCUAUCCAGAGCACCUCCAGUUACAUUCCUUAACAAAUGUUCAUCCAUCUUCUUUUGAAAGGAGUUAAUGACACAAUCUCAAAUGUUCCUGACUGUGAGUCUCAUCGAGAAAAGCUGCUACUCUCUGGAAAAGAAGCCAGAGAUUUCCUUGGAGCUUCUCACAAUAUCCUAUUCUGCCUUUGCUAGAAACCCAUUUACACAGGAAUAUGGAAUUUUGAUCCUACUUCAAGAAAAGUUAAGACAUAAGAGAGAAAGCAGUUCCAUGGAAAUUCCCAGACAGUUUCUUUGAACUUUGUUUAUUUUAAAACUGUAUCCUGUGGUUAAUGAAGUCAAGUUACUCAGUGCAGUUGUGUUUCUAAGAGAUAUGAUUUGUACAAACUAUUUGUCAUGUAAUUAUGAUUUUACCUUAAUUAUACUGUAUAAGAUUGGGGAAGAAAGAAGAUGGGAAAUCUUAUGAAAAAGAUGUAUA